AUGGGCCAGGCGCACAAGCUGCUCCAGACCCAGUGCCUGCACUGCAACGCCCUGCGCCUCGACCGGGCCGUCGUCGAGUACUACGUCGCGCGGAUGACGUUGAUUUGCGCCGGCGAGUUCCAACGGCUGGAGAAGCUCGAGAUGCCGCCCCGGGGCCGCAAGCAGAAGACGUCCGGCGCCGGCGUCGACGAGGGCAGAGAGGGCGACGACGAGCGGCGCCGGCAGAUCGCCGCCUUCUGCGCGGCCGUGCGCGCGGACGCGGCGUCGGGCGUGUUGACGUCGCCCAAGUCCGGCGCGCACGCGCGCGCGGAGCGCCAGCGCUGCGCGCGCGAGUUCUACGGCGCGCUGCGCGCCGCCGUGCGCUGCGAGACCUGCGGCGCCGCCCAGCGCAAGAUCCGCAAGGACGGUGCGACGAAGUUCUUCCAGCAGCCCCUCGACCAGCGGUCCGCGCGCGGCGACCUCGCGCUGGGCAUCCGGCCGCCCAGGUCGGCCCACGCGUCGGCGAAGAAGAUCAAGCGGCCGGGUUUAGACGAUUUGGCGUCGUCGGACGACGACAGCAGCGACGACGACCAGGAGCUCGGCGGCGCGUUUCUGCAAUCCCAAGAAAAGCGCGAGCUCUUCCUGACCUGCUCCGAGGUCAUGAAGCAGCUCAUGCUCCUCUGGAAGCACGACGGCCUCGCGCUCGACGCGCUGCUGGGCGUCGACCUCUGCGCGACGGGCGCGGGCGAUGCCGGCGGCUACCGCAAGUUCUUCCUGGAGGUCAUGGCCGUGCCGCCGCCGCGGUUCCGGCCCGCGCAGCUGGUCGGCGGCGUCAUGGCCGAGCACCCGCAGAACGUGACCCUCUCGAAGGUGCUCACGCUCUCCGGCGAGAUUCGGGGCCUGGGCGUCGACGGCGACGAGGCCAAACGCAAGUCGGGCACGGAGAAGGCGAACAAGCUCCUCGAGCUCUGGCUCCAGCUCCAGUCCGAGGUCAACAACUUCAUCGACUCGUCGAAGUCGUCGAACAAGGACCAGCCGCCGGGCAUCAAGCAGCUGCUCGAGCGCAAGGAGGGCCUCUUCCGCAAGCACAUGAUGGGCAAGCGCGUCGACUUCUGCUGCCGGUCCGUGAUCUCUCCCGACCCGUUUCUGGGCAACGGCGAGAUCGGGCUGCCCGUGCGCUUCGCCAAGGAGCUGUCCUACCCGGAGCCCGUGACGCCCCACAACGUCGAGCUGCUGCGGUCCAUGGUCGUCAACGGCCACGCGUCGUGGCCCGGCGCGAACUGGGUCGAGCUGAAGGGCGGCGGCCGGAGCCGCGUCGAUUUGAGCCGCAUCACGUCCGUGAAGAAGCGCGCGGCGCUCGCGAAGCAGCUGCUGACGACGCCGGGCCAGCGCGUCGGCCGCCACGUGCUGGACGGGGACUGCUUCCUCGUGAACCGGCAGCCGUCGCUCCACAAGCCGUCGAUCAUGGCGCACGUCGCCAAGGUGUUGGCCGCGGACUCGCUCCGGGAGCACCAGACGCUCCGCAUGCACUACGCGAACUGCAACGCCUACAACGCGGACUUUGAUGGGGACGAGAUCAACUGCCACUUCCCCCAGAGCGAGCUCUGCCGCGCGGAGGCGAAGCUGAUCGCCGCGACGCACGAGCAGUACGUCGUGCCCACGGACGGCAAGCCGCUCCGGGGCCUCAUCCAGGACCACGUCGACUGCGCCGUGAAGCUGUCCAUGGCCGACUCCUUCAUCCCGCGCGACAUGUUCUGCCAGAUGGCCUACGAGACGUGCCGCGUGGUCGUCGGCGACGCGUCGCGCGUCGACGUGCGCAUCGCGGGCCUGCGGCCGGCGAUCCUGAAGCCGCGCGUGCUCUACACGGGCCGCCAGUUGAUUUCGUUGGUGCUGGCCCACGUCACGCGGCGCUUCGCGGCAUCCGCGGGCCGCGACGACUUCGUCCAGGAGUUCGAGGGCAAGGCCAAGGUCAAGGCCGAGGCCAUCGGCGGCUUCGCCGGGCUCGACGAGCAGCUCGUCUACGUGCGCAAGGGCCGGGUCCUGCGGGGCGUGCUGGACAAGGCGACGGUGGGCGCGUCGGCGAACGGGUUGGUCCACGCGAUCUACGAAUUGUACGGCGCGCACGCGGCCGCGGUGUUGCUGGACGCGAUCUCCCGCAUGUUCACGUUGUACCUCCGCUACGUCGAGGGCCACACCUGCGGCAUCGGCGACCUCGUGCUGACGGAGAAGGCGGAGCAGGCGCGCGCGGCGCUGGUUUUGAAGGCGGAGCAGACGGGCCUGGACGCGCUGAAGGAGUUCCUCGCGGCGCGGCGGCCCGCGGGCGUCGCGGACCCGACGCUCGCGGCGGCGACGCCGCGCGCGGCGACGCUCGCGCAGCGCGCGGAGCUCGCGGCCGUGCUGUCCAAGGACGGCGGCGGCGCGGCGCUCGACGGCCACAUGCAGGGCGCCUUGGCGCCCGCGCACUCGGCCAUCGUCAAGGCCUGCCUCCCGAACGGUUUGGCGACGAUGUUCCCGAAGAACUCCUUCGCGCUGAUGGUGACGACGGGCGCCAAGGGCUCCAUCGUGAACCAGAGCCAGGUCUCGUGUGCUUUGGGCCAGCAGUCCUUGGAAGGCCGCCGCGUGCCUUUGAUGGCCAACGGCAAGGCGCUUCCCUGCUUCGAGGCCUACGACCAGUCGCCGCGCGCGGGCGGCUUCAUCACGGACCGCUUCCUCACGGGCGUGCGGCCCCAGGAGUACUACUUCCACUGCAUGGCCGGCCGCGAGGGCCUCGUGGACACGGCGGACCACACGGUCCGCGACGCCGAGGGGUCCGUCGUCCAGUUCCUCUACGGCGACGACGGUCUGGACGUCAUGAAGACCCACUUCCUCAGCGGCGCCAAGGAAUUAAAGAUCCUCGGCGACAACCACCGCGCGGGCGCGUCGCGCGAGGGCCCGGACGCGGCGAACGCGCGCGCGCACGAGGCGCUCGGCGCCGAGGUGCUCGCGGCGCGGCGCGGCUACGCGCUCGAGGCGCUGGAGGUCGGCGCGCGCGUCGACGCGCGGCAGAUCGCGGGCAAGGGCCGGACGCGCGCGGAUCUCAAGGGGUCGUCGUGGUCGCUCGCGACGGUCGUCCGGGCGCGCGGCGGCGACGUCUACGACGUCAAGUUCGACCACGACGGGUCCGUCAUGAAGAAGGCGCCGCGGACCGUCGCCGCGGGCGAGGGCCGUUGCGUCGAGGUCCUGCGCCUCGCGGCGCGGCAGCCCCUGAACGCGCGCUACGCGCCCUGGCGCUUCGGCGCCGUCUCCGACAAAUUGGAAGCGCUGCUGGACGACUUGGACGGCGGCGACGCGGGGUCCGACAUCCGCGCGGCGGUCUACGGCAAGUACGCGCGGUCGCUGGCGGCGCCCGGCGAGGCCGUCGGCGCUUUGGCGGCGCAGUCCGUCGGCGAGCCGUCGACGCAGAUGACGCUCAACACGUUCCACCUCGCGGGCCACGGCGCGGGCAACGUGACGCUGGGCAUCCCCCGGCUGCGCGAGAUCAUCAUGACCGCGUCGGACCACAUCAAGACGCCGCAGAUCACCCUGCCCCUGACGUCGCGCGACGAUUCCGUGAUGGCGCGCGCGCGGACCUUCGCCGACGGGUUGAACAAGGUCUGCCUGCUGGAGCUCGCGGACCUCAAGGAGGGCAUCGCCUGCCGCGAGCGCGUCCACCUCUCGAAGAACCGGCUCCUGCGGCGCGAGUACGUCGCGACGUUCCGCCUGCACGAGGACGCGAAGAUCGUCGCGCACUUCGGGCCGGGCCUCGUGCCCGAGGAGACGCAGGGGCUCUGCCGCAAGCUCGAGGCGGCGGUGCGGAAGCUCGUCAAGACGAUGACGGCGCCGCCGGCGAAGAAGCUGCCCAUGCCGACCGCGUCCAAGCCGGAGGCGGAGGCGGCGAAUGGCGCCAAGGGCGGGGACUCGGACGACGACGACGACGACGGCGACGACGCCGACGACGCGGAGCAGGGCACGCUGAAAUUCGGCCGCAAGCGCGAGGUCGACGGCUACGACGACGACGACGGCGGCGACGACGACGAGGCGGUCGAGACCGCCAUGGACGAGUCCGAUUCGGACGACGAGGAGAACGGCGGCGCGUCCCCGGCCAAGGCCGCGCCCGGCCGGAGCCCGGCCGGCGCGAAGCAGGCGCCGAAAAAGGCGCGGGCCGCCGUCGGGUCCAAGACCGUCGAGGUGGGCUGCACGUGCCACUUCGACGAGCUCCGCGACCGCCUCGCGUUCAAGGUCGUCGUCGACGUCGGCGCGGGCGCGCCGCGGUGCUCCCUCGCGUCCAUGGUCGAGGCGGCCUGCGGCCGCACGGUGGUCCGCGAGGCCAAGGGCGUGACCCGGGCCGUGCUCGUGCCGGACCGCGUCGUCGACGGCGCGGAGACGGGCGGCGUCGUCGUCGAGGGCGACAACUUCGAGGCCAUCUGGAAGGAGACGCUGGGCUUCGCCGACGCCGUCGACGUCGACAACCUGGAGUCGAACGACAUCUCCGGCAUCCUGCGCACCUACGGCGUCGAGGCCGCGCGCGCGUCCAUCGUCCGCGAGGUCAUGGGCGUCUUCGGCGUCUACGGCAUCGAGGUCGAGCCGCACCACCUCAGUCUCAUCGCGGACUACAUGACCUUCAACGGCGCCUACAAGGCCAUGAACCGCACGGCCAUGGCCCAGAACUCGUCGCCCUACCUGCAGAUGUCCUUCGAGACCACGGCCGACUUCCUCGCGAAGGCGGCCAUGGCCGAGGGCCGCGAGUCGCUCGCGUCGCCGUCCGCGCGCAUCGUCGUCGGCCAGCCCGUCGGCGUCGGCACGAACCACUUCGACGUCGUCGUGCCGCUCAAAUAA